CCUAAAUCCGUAUGUCUUUGGGCGAGAAAGACAGCUUCUACCACAAAGAUCUUGAUCAAAUUGUCCUCCUUAUCUUAACACUCCGUUUCCCAUCAGUUUUCUAUUUUCAUAUCAGAUUGGGAAAGCAAUUCCCAGCUCACAAUAUGUUUGUUUCCCCAGAAUUUGACAGCGGAAAAAAAACUUCCGAGGUUUAUAAAUAAACAUAGAAAUUCCGGAGGUUGAUGCUCCCCUCUUUUUUAUUCAAACAAGCACCCACUCUUCCUCUUCCAACUACCGGUCAAAACCCAUAAUCGAAAUAGUUAUAACUGUUCAUUGUUUUUUUAAUAUAAUUUUUUUUUUCGUUAUUAUUCUCAUUUAUGGCACUGGAGAAAGGACAAGCAAAGCCUUCAGAGGAAUCCAAGCCUUCGGCUGAAACAGAGAUGGCGCAGGGAACUCCUACCACUGCUCCCACCCCUUCAUGGUUCACGCCCAAAAGGCUACUUGUUAUCUUUUGUGUGAUUAACUUGAUAAAUUAUGUGGAUCGGGGAGCAAUAGCAAGCAAUGGUGUGAAUGGGAGUCAAGGAACUUGCACAAAAAGUGGCACAUGCACAUCCGGUAGCGGAAUACAGGGGGAGUUUAACUUGAGCAAUUUUGAAGAUGGAGUUCUAUCAUCUGCUUUUAUGGUUGGACUUCUUGUGGCUUCCCCUAUAUUUGCAUCAUUAGCAAAGAGCGUAAAUCCAUUUAGGCUUAUUGGAGUGGGACUUUCGGUUUGGACUUUAGCUGUUGUCGGUUGCGGUUUGUCGUUUGAUUUCUGGUCCAUUACAAUCUGUCGCAUGCUGGUUGGUGUUGGUGAGGCUUCAUUUAUAAGUCUAGCAGCACCAUUCAUUGAUGAUAAUGCCCCAGCUGCUCAGAAAACGGCAUGGCUUGCAAUAUUUUACAUGUGCAUACCAACUGGAUAUGCACUUGGCUAUGUUUAUGGUGGAUUGGUUGGAAGUCAUUUCAUUUGGCGUCUGGCAUUCUGGAUAGAAGCAGCUUUAAUGCUUCCCUUCGCUAUUCUAGGAUUUGUGAUGAAGCCUCUUCAAUUGAAAGGAUUUGCUCCCACUGAGUCAAGCAAAGCACUGGCAGAGGUAGAGACAGCAGCCUUGGAGGUUCAAGAGGCUGCAGUUGGUAAUGAUGGAGCUGCAUCCACAAAGGAAAAGUUCUGGGAUAAGAGCUCAUGUGAACCUGCCACGGUGAAAGUUGCAACCAAGAUUUCCAAUCAAGUUGCAAGAUUUAUGAAAGAUUUGAAAGUGCUUCUGCUUGAGAAGGUGUAUGUCAUUAACGUUCUAGGUUACAUAGCAUACAACUUUGUCAUUGGUGCAUACUCAUAUUGGGGUCCUAAGGCUGGUAAAAACAUAUAUAAUAUGAGCGAUGCAGAUCUGAUAUUCGGAGGGAUCACAGUUGUUUGCGGAAUAUUUGGCACAUUAGGUGGAGGCUUUGUUCUCGAUUUUAUGACAAACACCAUUACAAAUGCUUUUAAGCUUCUUUCAGUGACAACAUUUUUUGGAGCUAUAUUUUGCUUCAGUGCCUUUUGUUUCAAGAGCAUGUAUGCUUUCCUAGCUUUUUUUGCCGUUGGUGAACUCCUUGUCUUUGCCACUCAGGGACCUGUAAAUUAUAUAUGUCUCCAUUCUGUUAAACCAAGUAUGAGACCACUAUCUAUGGCUAUUUCUACUGUUGCAAUUCACAUCUUCGGAGACGUGCCUUCCUCACCUCUUGUUGGAGUUCUCCAGGAUCAUAUUAACAACUGGAGGGAGACUGCUCUUAUUCUAACAGUGAUUUUGUUUCCAGCAGCCGGAAUUUGGUUCAUUGGAGUAUUUAUGCGCAGCGUGGAUAGAUUUGAUGAAGAAAGCGAGCAUCGAGUUAUUGCAACUGAUAGGACAAACAGAACACCCUUGCUUGAAGGGAAGAUGGCACAAACAACACGAUCUACAGCUGAAGUUUAGAAUUUUUUU